GCUGACUGGUUCUUCCCAUUUCUUUCGCUAUCGUUCAUCAACUUCAUCGCCUUCUGAUUUUUCAACGCCUUGGUCUUGGUACUACACAAAUAUCGGUGUAACCAACUCAUCCCAUACAGACAGUCUCCGAGAUUAGUACAGCCGCUUGGGAUUUUCUGCUGCUUGGUUUCUUUUGGCCUUGACUUGAUUGUCGUUUUUUUUUUUUUCUUUCUUUCUUCUUCUUUCGAUUCUUCCCCCUCUCAUCGUUCUUCAUCCAUCCACCCAUCUCUUUUCUUCCUCAUAUUUAUCAUGAAUGUCGCCCUACUUCCAAUCUUUGGAGGUGAGCUACACGAAUCUUGGGAAUUACACGAGCUCCGAUUGCUUUCUUGGUUCAGAGUGCAUCAAAUUCCGGAGGACAAUGAUAAACUUCGAAUCGAUUUCCUGAUCCUUUCCCUCAAGCCUAACUCGAGUCCACUCAGCUGGUUUAACGGCCAACCAACCGAUCUCAAGUCGACCUUCCUUCUUACUCUCAGCCUACUCAGGGACAAGUACGGUAGCAAGUUCAGGAAGGAGAUGCAGAGGAUCUCAGCACUCAAUUGCUUGGAAGUUAGAAGUUUUAGAGAUAGUGAACACAAAACCGAAAUGGUCUUCGAACUCGUAAACGAAUUGGAGCAACUCUUAACCUGUGGUUCGGUCGAGCAAGACGUGCAGAGAAGAGAAUAUCUACUUCGUUGCUUUCGAGGCUUCUCAGGCGCGCUCAAGAUGAUGAAUCGUUCAACGUCAUACGAUGGUGCCGUCCUCGCUGCUCUCAACUGGGAAUCCAGCGUGAUCUCAAAGGCCGAAGAAGCCAUGAUCCAAGCGGGUAUCAAACGCCAACUCGGCCAGAAAUCACAAAACACCCAAGCACGCACCAAGCGCAAAUCCGAUUUAACCCAGCCUGCGAACCAAUCCGAUCAGCAAACAACAGGAGAUCUGACGCACCAUUUUACCACACAAGAUUUCCAAGCCAACACCGACCCUGUUCGCAUCCAUCCUGAUGUUUACUUCAAGACUCACUCGCGACCUCAUCCUCAGCAGAAGCCUUUCCAGAAUCCAUCACAUGAAAACUACUCGCAUCCCUUGCAGCAACGUUUCGAUGAUCUCGAUCACAGGCAAGGCACAUCUAAUCAAGAAGCUUCCCACAAACAAAACGGAGAAUCAAACCAUACGGUUGGGAACGCAUCCUCUACCUCAGCGAACGCCUAUGUAACACCACCUACAAGAGAUGAUACCGACCCCAGCCAGAUGAUGGAAUCUUUAGUUGACCCUCACAUUGCGCCAGAGCAAUCUUAUACGCACCCUCAAAGGUCAGAUGAUCAACCCAAUCGUUACGAUCGCUUUGCACACAUGAAUCAGAAUGAGCAAGAAGUUCUCCACAAUCCCGGCCUGGUGAACACCUACCCCCAGAAAUCACAAAUGAAGCCGCUAGUCUAUGAUCCAAAGAAGAACCCAUACCCGCCACCAGAGCAGCUUCCAGAAAAUAGACCGCAAGUACAAACUCAGUUUCCAUCUCUCCCCCCUUCACAUUUGCUGGAGAGGAACGGACAAAAUGCUACCACCUUCAAAAGUCAAGACUUGGGACAGCCUAGCCGUCUCCAGACUAGCAAUAAUCGCUCAGCCAACUCAUCUCACCCGGACUCGAUUCCAUUCCCAUCACCAAGCGUGCAAACGCAAGCCUUACCAAGUUUCCAACCUGCACGCAAGUCACCUGUUCCCCACAUGAUCAGCGAGCAGCAGCAAUCUACAAGGAUGUUACCCGGUUCCUCUUCGUCUCAACAGGGCGCCCGUUUCUUCGAUUCAGCGACAAACUUAGAUAGUGCUCCAAGCUUAAUACAAGCGCAGUUCAGUUUUGAUCCUCUCUCACAACGACGAAGUGGGGGAAUCUCUCCAGCCCCACAGAGGCGGCCAUCGAAACUUGUCAAGCUCCGUCGGAAUCCAAGCAAUAGCAGUAACAAUAGCAGUGUCGGUCAGCGUAGUAGUAGCAGUCUCCGUCAGAUUCGAAGUUUCAUGGGCUCGAUCAACAGAAGGAGGAGUCAAGCUAGUCAAAGCGGCGAAGAAUCGGAUAGUACUCAGGAUCAUGGUCCCAACACGCCCUCCUCACUCGAGCCAGGUGGGAUCGGAAGUGGGUUUGAGAGUGAAGGGAAUGAACGAAUGAGGCCGAUGCAAGCCCAAUUCAGCCGACUGUUUCGUAAGCAUAACCAUCCUGAGCACCUUCGACGGGCCAAUCGAGCGAUGUUGAUCAGCAAGUACGCAUCCAAUAGUCAGAAAGCUGAUGAUAAGGGUAAAGCCCGAGCAAUCGAUGUCAACUCGGCAGCCAGUGGGGUGGUUGAUGAGUUCUUUUCUCAGAGGAAUCAAGCAGCCGGAAGGUCGACCAAGUCAUCAACCAAGCCUCACUCAUCGGCACCCGUUCCUCAGCCUCCUAUGACCAAUCAAACCCGACGUGGGCUUGGAGGGGCCGAGCCAGCGAUUCAGCAAAACAAGGCGAGCAGCAAAUUCUCCCGAUGGAGGAAUUCUGGUAUUUGAUUAUCUUAUUUUCUUGUCUUUUGGAUCUUUCCUUUCCUUUUCUUGUAUUCCUUUUCUUUCUUUCUUUCUUUCCUUCUUUCCUAUUUUUUUUCAAGCAAAUAAGAUUUAUGUUCAAAACAGCGGCGUUUGCCGUCCAAUUUAAGACGAUGUUGUCC